AUGGGCACCCCUGAUCAGCAUGUUCUCAGGCCGGCCCAGAAGCAGGUGGUGUCUUCUGACCAGGACAGUAGAAGCCAUCAUACAGGCCUGUCCCACAGGAGCAGCUGCCAAAACUGGGCGCUUCCUGGUCUCGGCAAGGUGGCUAAAGUGUGUCUCCCUGCCUUUGAUGGUGUGUGUGGUCACCAUGCCAAGAAAACCGAGCAAGCAGCUAAGGGCACCGCAGGCCAGCUGACAGCAAGUGAUAUCUUCCAACAUCGAUUCCGCCAUCAGAGAACUGCCACUCGAGAGGGCAGGAAAUUUCAGCUCCACAGAGCUCUUAAUGUAGGGUAUGGUCUCCAUGGAGACCCUGCUCCCAGUUUAAAGAUCCCCUCCGCCAUCACAAGGCAUCCAACGCUCAUUUUGCAUGGCGAGAAGACACCUCCUCAGGAACUGGUCACCUCCCAAGUGCCAUUAAGAUUACAGAUUCAAGUGUCAGGCCAGAGGGACAGUCUAGGUAUCAGCAUAGCUGGUGGGAAAGGCUCUUUACCUUACAAAGACCAUGAUGAGGGUAUUUUUAUUUCCAGAGUGACUAAAGGGGGGCCCUCGGAAAAAGCAGGAGUCCAUGUUGGAGACAGACUACUGGAGGUCAACAGUUUCAGCAUGCAGGGAGUAACCCACCUGGAGGCCGUCAGGGCCUUGAGGAACGCUGGGAGCUGCAUUAAGAUGAAAGUGCUGCGAGAAGCAUCGCACCCAAGGCAAGUCGACCAGUUGGAUGAUGGCACUCAGGAUGCUGAGGAUGCAACGAGCUGGCGGCCGUGCAGCCAAGAUGAUGCUAAAGGCCAGAGGGGCACACAGCAAAAGAUGGAGGGCGGGGAUGACUCUUUGCGCCAGAAGAUGGAGGCGGUGGUCUGCAACGGCAAUGGCAUUACCAAUUUGAAGAGUGAUUUGAAGUGGUCUCAGCUGGAGGCAGAGGUCUUGAUGAAAAUAAAUGAUUCAAUACAUGUGGACAAACACACAAUGACAAUCCCACGGAUAAUCCUCACUCAUCCGUCUACCUCUGAUGAAGACGUAGAGCUCUUGACACAUGGUCCCAGCAGAGAAACCCCACACCACUCAGAUAUUCCAGAGAACCGUGUACCUUCGGAAUCUUUCGACAGCGCUUUUUAUCCACCUUGAACGCAUCCAGACUUGAAACCAUUUACUGGACAGUGUUUGUUAUUAGUAACAAAGUGCACAACUGCUGCUAUUAGUAUUAAGUGGCAUUAGUCAUUUGUCAUAUUACUAUAGUAAUAUUUGAUGUUAAGCUGCACAGGCUGCAUAGUAAGAAGAGAUUGCUCCAAAUGUCCAAAUACAAGCUGUUCCCCACCACCGUGGUGUAUGGUAUUAAUGAUGCUGUUAAUAUUAAUGAACUGCUUGGACAGAAGGCAAAAUACAUCUUGGAUAAAAUAAAGGCGCGGCUGGAAGUCUUUAAUCUCACUUGCAUAAUUUAGUUUGGUUCAGUUUAAUCAAUUUGAAGGUUUCUUAAAUGCUGACAUCACAUUAGGUUCCCAUUUUUUUGCUCAUGUCUGACCUGUAUCUGAUUUUUUCAGGUCAGUCUGAACAGUACAGUUCCGAUGUGUUCAAAUGCGACCCAGGCCUUGUUCAUAUGUAGCUAUAAAUCCAACGUGUAGUCAAUCUACUGCAGUCUGGUCAGGUCGCAUAUAUCUGACCUAUAAAAAAGUUGUUCUUUUCAUCUCAAAAUUUGUAAAAGUUGGGCUGCACGGUGGUCUAGUGGUUAGCAUGUUGGCCAAAACAGUAACAGUAGGUUCGAUUCUCCCUUGGGCAUUUCUGUGUGGAGUUUGCAUGUUCUCCCUGUGCGUGUGUGGGUUUUCUCCGGGUACUCCGGUUUCCUCCCACAUUCCAAAAACAUGCAUGUUAGGUUAAUUGGUGACUCUAAAUUGUCCAUAGGUAUGAAUGUG